AAGAAGAAAAUGGCGUCUGAGAGGAUGAGUGAAAGGCGAGGAGCAGCUACCCUCCAGCAGCACUCCACGAAGAAAUGCAAUAAAUUCCUUGUUGUUUUAUGAAAAUUUACAACUUUGUGAUACAAGUUUAUGAGUGGCCGUGCAUGGGGAUUGGACGGCAGGCUGGUCAUGUGGACGCGCUUAACGUGAACAUGAACUUUUUAUGAUUUCCCAAGUGGCUAUAAUACUGCAGCGCUGCUCUCCGACCCGAACAGCCGCCCUCUCCUCUCCUGCUUCGGCCGAACCUCGCCAGCCGCCGGGCGCACCUCAUCGCGCGAACAAAUGAAAUUGAACGCUUUUAGCGAGCUGCUGAAUAACAGCAGUGAUCGUGACUGCAGAGCCGAGAAGAACAGCUACUGACAACAACCCGCCUUCCUCCUCCUCCCUCUGCUGAUAUUCCUCAUCGGCUCCGCUUUCCGACGCCGAUGGACCGACAGCCUGAGGAGGAGACAGUCCAAGCCUGGAGACACCAUGCCGAAGACAGCAUGUUUUUCGUAGACCUGUUUAUUUUUUGCUUGUUUUCAUUUGACAUUACGUUUGAUGACCAGCGGUGGAAUGCACGAUGAUACAUAACAAGAGUGCUUUAUAUCUCGACGUCCUCUCGCUGACAUCAGAGGAUCUGCGAAUCCUCCUCUCCCUCGCUCUGGCUUUCGCUUCCUCACAGACCGGGUGAGAUGCUGCUCCCGUGCUUCCAGCGCGUCCUGACGCAUCGGGGAGCUGCAGGGCGCUACCCGAAUGGCCCCGAGUACCAGCUGCUAAAUUAUGGAGCAAGCAACAACGCGAGUACAGGGACGUACAGGGACUCCUCCUCUGCCACCAUGCACCAUGCGACGGGCUCUUAUGGCUACAGCUACAAUGGCAUGGAUCUGAGCGUAACCAGCCGGGGAGGAGAGGGCAACAGAGCCGCGCACACCGGAGGACACUUCGGCGGAGGUUCGGCAGUGGAGGACUCCAGGGACUUAGGCUUCAGACAGUCGGCCAGUUGCUCGCUCUCCUCCGCGGGAAAUUCUCUCCUGGCAGGCGGUCGUGAGAACAGCAAGCUGUGCAAACAGAUACCGUCUCCCACCUCAGAACAACCAGGAAGCAGCAACCUCAGCUCUCCAAACCUGUCCUCCUCCUCUUCCUCCUCCUUCUCCUUCUCCUCCUCCGCCGCGGCAGCUGGUGGUGCGGCGCAGCGCUCCACAGAGCCUGAGAACGCUUCACAAGGCAGCGAGGACCGGCUCCAUACCCGCGAAAUCGGCGAUGGGAGUAAUCUACCGUCCAAUAAUGAGCAUUCGCAAGCUACCCAGAAGCAGGAUGGCGGCCCGAUGGGAUCAGCUGCUGGCAGCGACGCACAGACACCCCAGAUUUUCCCCUGGAUGAGAAAACUGCACAUAAGCCAUGAUAUGACGGGCCCGGACGGGAAACGGUCACGGACAGCGUACACCCGCUAUCAGACUCUGGAGCUGGAGAAGGAGUUCCACUUCAACCGGUACCUCACGCGGCGGCGGCGCAUCGAAAUUGCUCACGCGCUCUGCCUCACGGAACGGCAGAUCAAGAUCUGGUUCCAGAACCGGAGGAUGAAGUGGAAGAAGGACAACAAGCUGCUAAGCAUGAGUCUGGCCACGGCUGGUACCACCUUCCAACCCAUGUAGUAAAAGCCCUCUGAAAGUACCCGGCGGUACGGCUUGAUGACGUGUCGCUGAGGUUCGUGGGAGGCAAACAUGACUUAAAAGUGCAAAGUAAUGAAAAAAAGAAAAA